AUGCAACCCGCCACCACUAGCAGUAGCAGUAGCGCACAAACGUCGCCCUCUUCAACAGCUACCUCAAGCUCGGAAGCCUCCUCGAUACCUUCAAGCUCUUCUGAAUUCACCUCUUCGAGCAGUCAAUCCACAUCCCUCUUCCACGGACGUAUCAAGUCAAUCUUCAACGUUGCAGAGCACAACCUCCUCCGACCUUUCAACAUCGAGCUCAUCUUCGGCUGCCUCAUCGACGGACAUGUCGAGUCCAUCUUCCACGUUGCAGAGCACGAGCUCCUCGGACCUUUCAACAUCUACCUCGUCUUCGGUAAUCUCAUCGACAGACGUAUCGACUCAAUCUUCAACGUUGCGGAGCACAAGCUCAACUGUUGCAAUCCCCAGCUCGACACUCAGCCUUACUUCAAGUCUCAGCUCGACGCAAUCACCAUCUUCAAGCCUACAAAGCACCUCAUCCAGCAUCUCCAGCUCCUCGACUCUCACAUCAAGCAGCGAUUCCAGCACCAUUGGAAGCAGCAGCAGUGA